UCUCCACCUUUGCUGCGUCGCCGCCCAGCACCUCCCCUUCCCUUGACUCGCCUCUCCCCGGAGCUGCGCCGCUCAGCUCGUCCCGUCCUCCACCGGAGGCGCCUCCGCCAGCUGCCAGGAAACAAUCUGAAUUGAAGACAAGGAUUGGUGUGAUGUCUUUCCUGAGGCUGUUACCUCAAAGGUUGCCCCAAUUUGUUAGGCAGGUGGAGCGAGAUGUUGAGACUGUAAUCAACGUUCUGCAGCCAGGUCCGAUCGGAAUUCUGGAGCACAAGUUCGCUGACGCAGAGAUCCGUGAGGCAGAAGCCACCGUAAGGAGCGCAGUCGAGAAUUGGCGACGGAACUCUACUCUGGAGAGAAAUCCUGGUGCGGGUUCUUUUGAUAAAUCGAUGUAGACGCUCCAGUGCAGCAUCGAUAGUGAAAUUGGAAGUGUGCCAUGGUCGCAGCUGUUGGCUUUGGUGUAGUUGAUAUGUUUUCUCUGUCGGUGGACCCACACAGUUCGGCAUGAUGUACCUCUUUCAUGAUCUGUUUGUGGCAAAACUUGGAGUUUCCUAAACUGUUCUUCUAAUGUCUGAUAUUCUCAGUAAUAUUCCCUUGGUCAAAAAAUGCUUUAUGGUA